GUGAAGCCACACGGCACGACCGCAGGGAGUCAGCAGCCUGGAUGGAGGCACCGCAGCAGCCGCUUCGCGCUUUGCCCCUUCGCUUCGGUCCAGGAGCUGCCGGAGAUGGCAGGGCCCCAUCUUUAUGGGCGCAGCGACGUGCCCGCCGAAGGGGUGGCUCUGGCAUCGGCCUGGUUUGGCGACGAGUCGGCAGCCUUGGGCCCGGUAGCCGCUGCCUCAAAAAAGAGCCGAAGGCUCAAGCCGGAGAAGCAGGCACAGACCUUCAUGGAGAGCAACCACCUCAAGGACUUCACCGGUCCCGAGGGCCUCACGCGCCACUUCGGCUGCAGCCUUUCGGUCACGAACUGCCCGGUGCCGGACUGGGUGUACCGUGGCUGGGCUGUACCACCGUGCUGCAAGGAGACGAUGCGCCACCUCCUCUUCUACAUCGAUGGGGUGUUCAAGGAGCUGGGGGUCCGCUACAUAGUCACUGACGGAGUUCUGCUGGGUUCCUACAAGUUCGGUGGCAUGCUGGACUGGGACGCAGACGUAGAUCUCCACAUACACGAUGACGACUUCCACAUGCUGGAGGAGGUGGUGCAGCAUCGCGUACGGCAGGAUGGGCACUUCCUCCGGAAGCAUGCCAACAACAGGUCCUGGCUGCUGCAGGCUAACGAGCAAAACUAUUUGCUUAUUGAGCUCAACUUGCGGGAGGAGUUCUGGGAUCCAGAUCGCAUCUGGCAAGUGCCGAUCGAAGGAAGGCUCUUCCCGGCCAUGGAGGACUCACACCUGAACCUGUCGUCUUGGUGA